CUCUAUCUAAAUUCAACAUCCUUAUAAUCAACAUGCAUCUCUCCCCCUCUCUCUUGCUCCCCCUCCUUUCUCUUCUUACUACUACCUCUGCCAACGUCGAAAAGACCAUCUUCCUCGCUCCCUCCCCCGUCCUCGUCCCCGCCCUCACUCCCAACCUCGACGAUCUCGGUCUCCAACGUCUUUCUCCGUCCAGCUCCUACCUCCGCACUCAACUGAACGCUUCCUUUCCUACGACACACGAUGACCCUACCUCCGACCCUACCACCGACCACUCCAACAGAGACACCGGCACAGACACAUGGUACUUCCUCGAGAACCUCACCCCAGGCCAACGCUACGAAGUGCGCCUCUGCUGGCUAGCCACGCAACCAACAAAAUUCACCCUCACAACCCACCACCCCCACACAACAAUCUCCACGCCAGCCCUCCUAACCUCCCUAACCCUCUACUCGAGCCUCCUCCUCUCCACCCAGCCGCCCAAACCCCUCGCCGCGCCCCUCAUCCCCGACAGCGCCUCCUCCUCCUCCUUCGCCCCGCACGACCCCACCCUCACCAGCGACUCGGUGCUGUUCCUGCGCGUGCGCGCCGAAGCAGACUAUUACUCGCUGGAUCAGGAGCUUAUGAGGAGUGUGCCGCCUGUUGUGGUGGAUGUGGUGCUAGAUCCGUAUUUGGGGAAUGUGUUUCCGAGGUCGUUGGUGAGGACGGCCGGGUGGGUGGUGCUUGUGGCUGGUUUGGCGGCGGGGUUGCGUGCGGGUUGGUUGGGGAGGUGGGGAGGUUGGUUGCUGUAUUAG